AUGGCGCAGGAGAGACGGUUAAUAGAGCGGAUGAUCUACUAUCAGUGGCAUCUCUGUGGUAGUCGAGGAAUGUACAACACUGGAGCGUUUUGGUUCGGGCUGCAACAUGCGUCGAACUACGCAGAAAUCAGCCACGACGCCGUUCUCGACUACUACGGCCGACGACUGGCGACAUGCUCGAGCGACAAGACUAUCAAGAUCUUCGAAGUGGAUGGUGAUCAACAUAGACUGCAAGAAACAUUGAAGGGACACAAUGGCGCUGUAUGGUGUGUGAGCUGGGCACAUCCCAAGUUCGGAACUCUACUGGCAUCGUCUUCGUACGAUGGCCAAGUACACGUCUGGCGCGAAUCUCCAGGCCAGACACCCUCACAGCCAGCAGUAUGGUCACAAGUCUUCACGUCAAGAAUCCACAGCGCCUCCGUAAAUAUGGUGGCCUGGGCACCUCCAGAAGCCGGCUGCACUCUGGCCUGCGCAAGUUCAGACGGACAUGUGUCAGUCGUAGAGUUCAGAGACAGCCAGUGGACAGAGACAAACUUCCUCGCUCACGGCGUAGGUGUCAACGCUGUCUCCUGGGCUCCAAGUGGCGUCCCUGGCGCGACCAUGCGAAAGAAUGGCGGAGCAGCACAGCAACAACAGACUCCAGUACGGAGGUUCGUCACAGGCGGCAGCGACAAUCAGGUCAAGCUCUGGGAGUUCGAUACGCAGCAGGGAAAGUACGAAAACGUCGGUACACUACCCAACGGCCACUCAGAUUGGGUACGGGAUGUGGCCUGGAGUCCAACACUACUCACCAAGAGCUACAUUGCAAGCGCCAGCCAGGACAAGACGGUGAGGAUAUGGACUAGCGUCAAUCCCGCGGAUCCGACGUCGUGGACGCUCAGCAAGACCUUGACAUUGGAUGCAGUCCUCUGGCGAGUGAGCUGGAGUCUGAGCGGGAAUAUUUUGGCUGUGAGUGGAGGCGACAACAAGGUGACGUUGUGGAAGGAGGAUCUGAAGGGAGAGUGGAAGAUGGUUAAGGAGGUCACGGAAUAG